AUGUCGGCGGCGGCGGCGCUCCUCCUCCCCCUCCUCGCCGCCGCGGGCGAGGGGGCGGUCUCGAAGAGCGUAUUCAACUUUUUGGAGGGUACCAAUAGUACUGUCAAGGUAUGGAGUUCGUGCAUUCCCGACGAUUUUCCUUCUGAACUCUACAGUGCGUGUGCGUUAUCAUGGAUCUCGGGCCAUGAAUUCCCUUCUAUGUUCUAUAAAGAUGUUACAGGCCUGAAUCCUGUAUCAUUGGACGCCACAUCCCUGGAGAGAAUGGAGGAUACAGUUACUAUAAUUGAUCAUGACAAAAAGACUGAAAAGGAGGAUUCGCUGUUAUCAUGGGCAAGAUCACCAGACCGGCGAUACAAUCUUAUUUGA